AUGGAAGAAAGGUUGUUCCUCAGAGCAGUAAAGGGUGGUAAAAACACUAAGAUCAUUACCUUGAAUGGGAAGAAGAUGACAAAGAUACCCUCUACAAUAGGAAACCUGCCUGGCCUGAAGGUUCUAAACCUUCAGAAAAACCUAGUCUCCAAGGUGUGCUCAGAGUUAAGCACCUUGACCCAGUUGACAGUACUAAAUCUGGGAAACAACCUUUUAGAAGAAGUUCCAGAAGAGGUGAAAUACCUCACAUCCCUGAAGAAUCUCCAUUUAUUUGGAAAUAGAAUUAAUAGAUUUGCUUCUGGAGCAUGUGAUGGCUUGAAAAAUUUGAUCCUACUUAAUCUGAACAACAAUCAGCUCACAUAUAUUCCUGAAGAAGUCAGCAGAUUAGAAAGCCUUAUAUAUUUGAGUAUAAAUCAUAACCAGCUAACCAGUAUUCCUAGAGAACUUUGUUUUCUUAAGAAUCUUUCUGAACUUCAACUUAACUACAAUCAGAUCAUUUGCAUACCUGAAGAGAUUAAGUUCUUGAAGAGGCUCCAGAAACUUCUUCUGGCCAGAAACAACAUUGAAGUUUUGCCAGGGGUAUUGUGUCGUCUUACAAACCUAAGAAUCCUAGACAUAGCUGGAAAUGUCAUUCAGAUAUUUCCAACAGGAUUUCAGCAUCUGAAGCUGAAGGAAUUCUACUGUGAGGGAAACCCGCUGUUCCUGAAGCAGCCUGUUGGUGCUGUCAAGCAGCUGGACGUCCUGAGCCUACAGGAAAUAACAUCAAGAUUUAUAAUGAAUGAGCUGACAGAAAGGAAUCCUUUCCUAAUGGAAGCCAUAGAAUGGUACCCAGAGAUUUGGGACAUAAUCUCUAAGGGAAGAAAAUGUGCAAUAUGUGGAAAAUCGUUUUUUGGCAUGUGGAUAGAAUGUGUUGAAUUUGUUUCUCCGUCAAAGAACUGGAAGAUAAGCAAAAAUCUAAAGCUGGUACCUCUUCGAACAUUAAUUUGUUCUUACCAAUGUUUUAAUCUACGUGGCCCUAACCAGUUUGGAGUUGCUCAAGUGCAGAGCAGUGAGAAGCUCAUUUAGAGCCUCCGGGGAGUUGCCCUGUCAGCUCUGCACACAGAGUCAGAUUGUACCUAAUUAUGAUAUCAUGCUGUGUCUCUUUGUCAAUACAUUAAGCCAGAGGAAGAAAAACAAUUCCUUUUAAACAUCUCAAGAUAAGCAUUACAGCCUGCCUACAUUAUUUAGAUUCUAGAUGUGCUGUUUCUUCUUUGACUUAAAAACAAAAUAAUAAAUGGAAUAACUACGA